AUGCUCAGCUUUCUAUCCUUUCUCUCGUUAUUUCUUUUAUUUCUCGCUCCCGUUUAUUCGUACUUGGAUAUCUGUAAUCCGUUAAAUACCACUGAUGAGUGCGACCCAAAUCCUGCUUUGGCAAAGUCCUAUGAAACAAAUUUUACCUCCAAUUCUUCAGUGUCUGAUUUUUUCUCUGUUUACUCAACCUCUUCUCAGGCAGGCACAAUCAACUACACUGAUGAUGGCUUAGUCUUGUCUAUCAAUAAGCGUUUUGAUAACCCUUCUUUAGUCUCCAAUGAGUAUAUUCUCUUUGGAAAAUUUGAAGUCAUCGCAAAGGCCUCGCCGGGACAGGGUAUCAUCUCAACCGUUUACUUGCAAAGUGACUGUGAGGAUGAAAUCGAUAUUGAAUGGUUUGGUGGUAAUGCUUAUGAGGUUUGCUUGAAUUUUUUUCAUCAAGGCAAUACCACUUUUUGGAACAGAUCAACUUUGUAUCAAAUGCAAGACCCAAGAGAAGAAUUCCACAAUUAUACCAUAGAUUGGGAUAACGAAAGAAUCAUCUGGUACAUUGACGGCAUUAAAGCCAAAGUCCUUUACAACAACACUUCUGAUGGUUUCCCACAAACCCCCUCCAGAUUAUUUAUUGGUUUAUGGGCUGGUGGUGAUUCUGACAACGCCGAAGGUACUAUUCUGUGGGCUGGUGGUUUAACUGACUACGACGAAUUGCCUUUCCACUUCUACAUUCAAAGAUUUGUUAUCACAGACUACUCCACCGGUGACUCUUACACUUACAAAGAUACCUCGGGUGAUUACGAUUCAAUCGAAGCUGAAAAUGGUGAAGUCCUAGGAAGAGUGCAAAAGGCUAAGGUGGAAUUUGCUAGUUUAGUUGGUGGUACUGAUGAAAGUCUAUCGACAUCAACUGCAAGAAAUUCCACUUCUUCCACCAGAUCUCAAUCUUCAACAGCCUCAAACGACGAUGAAGAGGAAACGACCACUGAAGAUUCAGACAAUGUCACCUCUUCUCAAUCAUCUUCAAGCGAAGCCAAAGCAAUGCAUUUAGUCUCUCCAUUUGAUGCUAGCUCAUUACAUUAUUUUACUGUGUUUACUAUUUUAUCAAUAUCAUCAAUUGUAAUAUUACUAUAG